AUUUCCAAUUAGAAUCUUAUGUUUCUUGCAGCCUUAACAUCCAAAAAGCACAUGGUAUCAGAUAUUUCAAACCACCUUUGUAGCAUCCAAUUUCCAUGGCAUUUUGGAAUGUUUUAUCAACUGAUGCUGGAUUGCCAUGGUAAUGUAGAUCGUUAAUUCAAAUAAUGCUAACUGAUGUGACUCAUGCAAUGGAAUUUAUUUAUUUGUAAAAUGGCUGCAAUUCCACCCAUUAUUCCAUCAUUGACUUGAAUGGAAACGCCCUUUCUAUCCGUUCUUAUUUAUAUGGCGCACACGCCUGUCAUUACCAUGAUAAAUAGUGUAGCCAUGUCGGCAAAUGACAGCUUUCUGACUCUAAACACAUACGAAUCAGUCAUUUGUAACUUUGUUUGGACAGUCAGUGUUCCAAAACGUAUUAAUCGUCAUGCCACACCCUUGACAAUGACAUUAGAGUUGACAAUAGCACAAACCGACAGGAAAUUAUAAUUAAAACGGUAAUUAUAACUAACUUUCCCCCACUAAUAAGUGGAAAUCUACUGGACAACAGCGAUCUGGACGUCAAGUGUUUCUACACUAAAAGUCCAAGCUGCAUCCACCCUUGCCAAGUUUGACUUAAAGAGCGACCUUGUAACCUCACUUGUGUACAGGGUUGGGGAGUAAUGUAAGGAAUUACAAAAAACGGUAACUAAGCUGUUACGUUACAAACAAAAAUGUUGUAAUCAGAUUACAGAUUUUUGAAAAACCUAUAUUACUUGAAGGAUUACUUUUAAAUUCAGAAAUUAACUUUUAGUUUGUCAAAAAUAUAUAUAUUUUGACACUUCUGUUUUCUCGACAUUCCAAAUCAGCAUUGAAAAAGACGCAAGUUCAAGUUUGUUCCACCUGAGCGAGUCUGACCACAAAUCAGAGACCACUGAUGACACACAAACUGUUUGAUGGAUCUUGGGAAAAGAGCAGCAAUAGGCUUUUGUAGACUACAGUCCAAGCGAUGUCUUCUAAUGGUGCCACUGCUGUCAGCAUCCAAAGCUUGUCCAACUUGAAUAAAUGCUUGAAGACCACAUGUAACCACGCGAGCCUAGGAUCUCCACAUCCAGCUUCUCCACAUGCGGGAUCAUCUGAGAUGAGCCACCCUAACAGCUGAUGAAACUCUGGGUUUGCACAAUCAAAGAAUUUCUGCAUAACCUGUCAGAAACCGUCUCAGGGAGGCUCAUCACUACUUUCAUUUAUGAGGAGCUGUCUCUAUACUACUGGCAUACAGCUCUGACACCCAUGCAUACCCCACAAGACGUGCCACAAGAGGUCUCUUCACAGUCCCCAAGUCCAGAACAGACUAUGGGAGGCACACAGUACUACAUAGAGCCAUAACUACAUGGAACUAUAUUCCACAUCAAGUAACUGAUGCAAGCAGUAAAAUUAGAUUUAAAAAAUAUGAAGAAAAAAAACAACACCUUAUGGAACAGCGGGGACUGUGAAGCAUCACAAACAUUGGCACAGACACACGAUAAUAUAUGCACUAUACAAACACAUGGGUUUAGUACUGUAGAUAUGUGGCGGAGUAGGGGCCUGAGGGCAUACAGUGUGUUGUGAAAUCUGUGAAGGUAUUGUAAUGUUUUUAAAAUUGUAUAAACUGCUUUCAUUUUGCUGGACCCCAGGAAGAAUAGCAGCUAAUGGGGAUCCAUAAUAUAGACAAAUACAUCUGCAUGCUCGUUGUCCUCACCUGUGUCUUGACCUGACUGCAGUUUGGCGUUGUAACCGACUUCAGUGGUGAAGUCUGCUUUUCACAGAUGAAUCCUGGUUUCAACUGUACCGGGCAGAUGGCAGACAGCGUGUAUGGCGUCGUGCGGGCAAGCAAUUUGCUGAUGUCAACAUUGUGAAGAGAGCGCCACAUGGUGGCGAUGGGGUUAUGGUAUGGGCAGGCAUAAUCUACCCACAUGAUUGCAAUUUUAAUGCACACAUACCGUGACGAGAUCCUGAGGCCCAUUGUCAUGCCAUUCACCCUCCGCUAUCACCUCAUGUUUCAGCACACUGUCUGCCAUCUGCUUGGUUAUUACUGCAUUGUCGGAACUAGAAGCACAAGCAUUUCGCUACACUCGCAUUAACAUCUGCUAACCAUGUGUAUGUGACAAAUAUAUAUAUAUAUAUUUUGAUUUGAUAAUGCAUGGCUACCCAUGCUAGAUUACGGAGACAUAAUUUAUAGAUCGGCAGGUAAGGGUGCUCUCAAGCGGCUAGAUGUUCUUUACCAUUCUGCCAUCAGAUUUGCCUGCACGCUCCUCUUUUCAGUUUGCUGCAGCUCGCGACUGGAACGAGCUGCAACAAACACUCAAAUUGGACAUUUUUAUCUCAAUCUCUUCAUUCAAAGACUCAAUCAUGUACACUCUUACUGACAGUUGUGGCUGCUUUGUGUGAUGUAUUGUUGUCUUCCUUCUUGACCUUUUGUGCUGUUGACUGUGCCCAAUAAUAUUUGUACCAUAUUUUGUGCUGCUACCAUGUUAUAUUGGGUUGCUACCAUGCUGUUUUGUCAUGUGUUGCUGCCUUGUUAUGUUGUUGUCUUAGGUCUCUCUUUAUGUAGCGUUGUCUAUCUUGUAGUGAUGUGUUUUGUCCUAUAUUUAUAUUGUAUUUAUAUUUAAUCCCAGCCCCCGUCCCCGCAGGAGGCCUUUUGGUAGGCCGUCAUUGUAAAUAAGAAUUUGUUCUUAACUGACUUGCCUAGUUAGAUAAAUAAAAAAUAGCCCCAUGUUGCAAGGAUCUGUAUACAAUUCCUGGAAUAUGAAAAUGUCCAAGUUCUUCCAUGGCCUGCACCACUACCAGACGUGUCGCCCAUUGAACAUGUUUGGGAAGCUCUGGAUCGAUGUGUACGACAGCGUGUUCCAGUUCCCGCCAAUGUCCAGCAACUUUGCAUAGCCAUUCAAGAGGAGUGGGACAACAUUCCACAGGCCACAACCAACAGCCUGAUCAACUCUAUGUGAAGGAGAUGUGUUGCGCUGCAUGAGGCAAAUGUUGGUCAACCAGAUACUGACUGGUUUUCUGAUCCACGCCCUCCUUUUUAUUCAGGUAUAUGUGACCAACAGAUGCUUAUCUGUAUUCUUAGUCAUGUGAAAUCCAUAGAUUAGGGCCUAAUGAAUGUAUUUCAAUUGACUGAUUUCCUUAUGAACUGUAACUCAUUCAAAUCUUAAAUCAUUGCAUGUUGUGUUUAUGUUUUUGUUCAGUGUACAUUCUACAGACCCUAUUGGCACCUAAAAUAGUUUUUUUGCUCUGUAAACCAGUAUGUCGUUUAGAUCAUACUGUGAUUUACAUUGGGGGGAUUUGAUUGACCUUGGAACAUGUUUUUCAAACUCAAAUGUGUUGCAAAUGUUAUGGGUGUAAGAUGGCAAAGUGAUGCCAUCUGUUGGUAAAUGUUAAUUUAAUUAAUUAAUGUUAAUGCUUGAGAUACCCGGAAGAAUUGCAAUGUACUGAAAAAGGCUGGUUCCUCGCCUCAAUGACUCUGUCUCGUAAUUUAACAUUCAAACAAAUGUUUCUUAAAUAUUACAAAAUAUUAAUUUGUUUAGACAAUUUGUCAUAUCAUGAAUAAAUACAGGUUAUGGAUACUUUUCUAUUAUGGGUGCCUUUUAUUUUGAAAUUUCCUAAAUUAAUAGUGAAAGUAACAUUAGUCCAGGGCACUACACCGUCGCGAUCAAAUCUUCGGUCAGUUCAUCUCGAUACUUCAACUCCUAAGAACUUCACAAAUCCAGUGUGUGGGUCUUCCAGUGAGUUGGAGAGACUUGAGGAACCAUGGCACAGUUUGAAAUCUUCAUAUGGACUAUACAUAUUUUGUUGGUGCUUGAAAGCAUUGGAUCCUGUAUUGCAUGUGGUAGAGCUGAGUACAGAAUAGGGGAUGAAUGUUGUCCCAUGUGUUCACCAGGAAAUCGUGUACAUAGGCAUUGUACUGAAUUCACCAGUACCAGCUGUGUGCCCUGUGUUGAUGCUACUUUCCUUGAUGAGCCCAAUGGUCUCAUAAAAUGCAAAGUGUGUAUCAACUGUGAUCCAGGUUUGGGUUUGAUGGUAAAGCAGCCAUGUACCCCUUCAUCAGACACUGUCUGUGGGACACUGGAGGGGUUCUACUGUCUAGACCCAACUAAGGAGGGUUGUAGAGCAGCCCAGAGACACAGCAGCUGUAAACCUGGUCAAUACAUCAGUCACACAGGAACAACAUCUACAGAUACUGUGUGUGCUGACUGCCCUGGUAAAACUUAUUCAGAUGGAUCAUUUACAUCUUGUCAACCACAUACAGACCAUCAUGGCUGGUGUUUGUUUAUUUAUGAUAAAAAGAGAAAUGGUGAGAAGAGAAAUAUUGAAAACAAGACAAAACUUGGACCCUCAAAUACCUACACAGGCAUCCCCAGAUCAGGAAAUACCAAUGCUGUCUGGGGGAAUUGGGAACGAUUCAAGCCCCCGUCACAGUCAGGGAGUCAACGUUGUGUAAUCUGGCUGGUCCAGCCAUCUCUAGUAAAUCUUAACACUACAUGUUAAAUUUCAUAUUGUAGAAUCUGCUUUGGUAUAAGGACCACUGUGCCUUUGUAUCAUAUGGGGAUGUUUGAAACUUACUCCUCAGCCUGAACUGUCCCCACUUGGGUCACCGAAUAGCUAGCUUUUCAUGUGGGCACCACUGGUAAGAUGCUUCAGAGGGGAGGUCACAUAUCAGCUUCUGCCUACAGCCUACAGACUGGUCUAAAAUGGAAAGGACCAUGUGAUGAGUAUAAAUUAGCUUCACCUUGCUAGGAAACAGCUUCAGUAGCUGAGAACCCUCAGCUCUGCCCAGGGGGAAAGUCAAAUGUCUGUAUAACUUCAGGACCACAACAUCUAUGUCAGCCCAGACUAUGGAACUCCAAAUGGGACUUGAUAAUAUCUUGAGACACAGAUUACUGGAUACUGGUGCAGGAUGCAGGAUGCAGCUUUCGCUUGGGGAAGGUUCUCCAGAAAUGAGACACAUCGUCAAAAGGGUGGGAAGGAAAAUUCAAAUGGAUAACUUUUCUACCAUUUUUGCUUUAUCUAAUCCAAUGUGAUAAUGUUAAGAUAUGAUUGACGGUAGGUUGUAUAAAGAGUGUGGUCUCCUGUUUCGUCACACAGAUCUUUACUAUAGACUACUGAGGUACUCUGUAUGCAAAACUGUCUGCAAUUGCAUUUUAUUACUAAAGCUUUUUAUACCAAGGUUCCUGUGUCAUCUAUCUUAAAGACUGAUUGGUAAAGGAAACUUACAUCACCCCAUGCAAAGGACCAACCAACACUUGGUGAGCUCGCCAGGAGUGAGUGACCACAGCGUCUGGAUGAUCUUCAUUCCACUGUGCAGCGUAUCAAAUUAGAAGGUAAUUUGCAGAUGCCUGUUAAACCAAAAGUCUGAAAUUAGAAAAAGCACUGUGUGGUUGAGGACUCAUUCCAGUAUGUAAGUGGCACCUCACUCAUGGGGUUGAUAAUUACAGGAACAGUCGAUACCUACAUGCUUGUACAAGCCCGUAAUAUUAUGUAUAUGUGAUAAAUGACCCAGAAUCCCAGGUGUAAUAGUUAGAAAUUCCUGGGGGUCUAAUGGAACCUUGUGUGAGGAACUUGGUUAUAGAUGAGGAUGAACCAAGUCAGUACUGAGGUACUGGGUGACAAGUGAUUGAAGGUGUUAUACAGUAUGUGCAUGGUGUCCUUACCUGAUGGAAGGUAAGGGUAGCCUAGUGGUUAGAGCGUUGGACUAGUAACCGAAAGGUUGCAAGUUCAAAUCCCCGAGCUGACAUGGUACAAAUCUGUCGUUCUGCCCCUGAACAGGCAGUUAACCCACUGUUAACCCACUGUUCCUAGGCCGUCAUUGAAAAUAAGAACUUGUUCUUAACUGACUUGCCAAGUAAAAUAAAGGUAAAUGGAAGACACUGGAUUUAUGUACAGUGUUCUUACCUGAGGGAAUAUACUGGAUUUAUGUAUGUUGUUCUUACCUGAGGGAAUAUACUGGAUAUAUGUACAGUGUUCUUACCUGAGGGAAUAUACUGGAUUUAUGUACAGUGUUCCUACCUGAGGGAAUAUACUGGAUUUAUGUAUGGUGUUCCUACCUGAGGGAAGACACUGGAUUUAUGUAUGGUGUUCCUACCUGAGGGAAUACACUGGAUUUAUGUACAGUGUUCUUACCUGAGGGAAUAUACUGGAUUUAUGUACAGUGUUCUUACCUGAGGGAAUACACUGGAUUUAUGUAUGGUGUUCCUAACUGAGGGAAUAUACUGGAUUUAUGUACAGUGUUCUUACCUGAGGGAAUAUACUGGAUUUAUGUAUGGUGUUCCUAACUGAGGGAAUAUACUGGAUUUAUGUACAGUGUUCUUACCUGAGGGAAUAUACUGGAUUUAUGUACAGUGUUCUUACCUGAGGGAAUAUACUGGAUAUAUGUACAGUGUUCUUACCUGAGGGAAUAUACUGGAUUUAUGUAUGUUGUUCUUACCUGAGGGAAUAUACUGGAUUUAUGUACAGUGUUCUUACCUGAGGGAAUAUACUGGAUUUAUGUACAGUGUUCUUAACUGAGGGAAUACACUGGAUUUAUGUAUGGUGUUCUUACCUGAGAGAAUACACUGGAUUUAUGUACAGUGUUCUUACCUGAGGGAAUAUACUGGAUUUAUGUAUGUUGUUCUUACCUGAGGGAAUAUACUGGAUAUAUGUACAGUGUUCUUACCUGAGGGAAUAUACUGGAUUUAUGUACAGUGUUCUUACCUGAGGGAAUACACUGGAUUUAUGUAUGGUGUUCCUAACUGAGGGAAUAUACUGGAUUUAUGUACAGUGUUCUUACCUGAGGGAAUAUACUGGAUUUAUGUAUGGUGUUCCUAACUGAGGGAAUAUACUGGAUUUAUGUACAGUGUUCUUACCUGAGGGAAUAUACUGGAUUUAUGUACAGUGUUCUUACCUGAGGGAAUAUACUGGAUUUAUGUACAGUGUUCUUACCUGAGGAAAUAUACUGGAUUUAUGUAUGUUGUUCUUACCUGAGGGAAUAUACUGGAUUUAUGUACAGUGUUCUUACCUGAGGGAAUAUACUGGAUUUAUGUACAGUGUUCUUACCUGAGGGAAUACACUGGAUUUAUGUAUGGUGUUCUUACCUGAGAGAAUACACUGGAUUUAUGUACAGUGUUCUUACCUGAGGGAAUAUACUGGAUUUAUGUAUGUUGUUCUUACCUGAGGGAAUAUACUGGAUAUAUGUACAGUGUUCUUACCUGAGGGAAUAUACUGGAUUUAUGUACAGUGUUCUUACCUGAGGGAAUACACUGGAUUUAUGUAUGGUGUUCCUAACUGAGGGAAUAUACUGGAUUUAUGUACAGUGUUCUUACCUGAGGGAAUAUACUGGAUUUAUGUAUGGUGUUCCUAACUGAGGGAAUAUACUGGAUUUAUGUACAGUGUUCUUACCUGAGGGAAUAUACUGGAUUUAUGUACAGUGUUUUUACCUGAGGGAAUAUACUGGAUUUAUGUACAGUGUUCUUACCUGAGGGAAUACACUGGAUUUAUGUAUGGUGUUCUUACCUGAGGGAAUACACUGGAUUUAUGUACAGUGUUCUUACCUGAGGGAAUACACUGGAUUUAUGUACAGUGUUCUUACCUGAGGGAAUAUACUGGAUUUAUGUACAGUGUUCUUACCUGAGGGAAUUGUCACGGUUCAUGAAUCCACUGCCUCCGUCUCUCUUUCUCGCUCUCUCUCUCUCUCUCUCUCUCUCUCUCUCUCUCUCCAGUGUUUGUGUGGGCGUGGUUUCCCAAUCUCGGCCUGAUUGUCUGCGCCAGCUGGAACCACUUAUCUUCCCUUUAUAUGUUCUGUUACCAGUGUUUCUUGUUGUCAGAUCGUUGUUUCUUCUCUGAGGUUGUGUCGUGUGUCCGUGCUCUUCUCUUGUGUGGAUUAUCUGCUGUGCUCCUUCCUACUCAUCUGGACACACUCCCUGGUUUUCUCAGCACGUUAUGAUCGGAAGAUGCGCCCGAGUUCCUGGGUCGGAUUCCUUCUGAGUACAGUCUGUCUGUCAUGUUGCUGCUGUGAACUACAUUCAUUAAAACCAUCGUUGCUUGCAUCUUGCAUCCGCCUCUGUGUUGUAACAGAACGAUCUGACCAGACCAUGGAUGCAGCGAGUUCAACGAGUCUGACCGAAUUCCUUUCCCGCAGUAUCACGAGAAUGGAUCAACAAGAGGAGAACAUCUCCAGCACAGGUCGUGCAGUACAAGCCCUUUCGACGCAGGUAUCCCAGCUGACCCAACAAUUGCAACAUCUGAGGGGUUCCGCUGCGCCACCUACACCGGCAGUUCAACCCGCCCCGCCAGAGCCGGAUUCCCAGCUAGAGCCACGGCUACCGACACCAGAGGGUUAUUCAGGUGAUCCUGACUAUUGCAGAGCUUUUCUUACGAGAUGUUCCAUGCAUUUCUCGUUGCAGCCACGGACCUUCAACCGUGAACAGUCUAAGGUAGCAUUCGUACUCACACUGCUAUCAGGCAAAGCGUCUCUCUGGGGAACGGCGGUGUGGGCGAACCAGGACCCAUGCUGCACCUCUUUCCAGACACUCUCCGAGGAGAUGAGAAGGGUCUUCGAUCGGGCCGUGGCGGGUAGGGAGACGGCCAGACUACUCGCUGACCUUCGCCAAGGAGACCAUUCAGUAUCGGAAUACUCCAUCCAAUUCCGCACUCUGGCCGCUGAGUGUCAGUGGAACGAGGAGGCGCAGUGGGACAUGUUCCUGCAUGGGCUGGAGGACCGGAUCCAGAAGGAGAUUUAUGUUCUGGACCUUCCCAGGAGUUUAAAUGGACUAGUGGAACUAGCCCUGAGGGUCGACGCUCGUCUGAGUCGUAUUGGCCGCCGAGCAUGCCCUAACAGACCGUAUAACGACACGGAGGGCUGGCAUGCCAGCGUCGGGAACACGGCCAGUUCAGCCUCCGCUCACGAACCCAUGCAGCUGGGGAGAGCUCGCCUCUCCCGGGAAGAGGAGAGGGAGAGGCGGAGAUCCCAAGGACUCUGUCUCUACUGUGGUAGAGCGGGCCACUUUAUCCACUCCUGCCCGGUAAAGAUCAGGCCCGGUAGUAAACAUGAGGCUACUAUCGGGUGGUGUCACCACAGAGAAGACCUCAUCAUCUACUCUCCUCCCGGUAAGACUAAGAUGGGCCACCCACACGCACGACACCCAAGCCUUACUGGACUCAGGAGCAGAGGGUAAUUUCAUGGACUUCAAGCUCGCUCACAAACUCCAGAUCCCUAUCACCUCACUCACGCACAAGAUAUCCGUCAACGCUCUCAAUGGUCAAGAACUCCCCAACAUUUCUCACACCACUGAACCUAUCACACUCAUCACUUCUGGCAAUCACACUGAGACACUAUCAUUCCUACUUAUGGACUCACCCCUUGCACCAUUAGUUCUCGGCCACCCUUGGCUCACCCAACACAACCCCAGAGUUGACUGGGGUCAUAACUCUAUAUCCAUGUGGAGUAACAAGUGUCUUGAGUCCUGUUUAGUGUCUGCUUGUUCGUCUGUGUCUGAUUCUGUGUUUCUAGAGGAGGCAGUGGAUUUGUCUAACGUGCCCGUUGAAUACCUCGACCUGAAGGAGGUGUUCAGUAAGUCCCGUGCUGCUUCCCUUCCUCCGCAUCGUCCCUAUGACUGUGCAAUUGAAUUAUUGCCAGGUGAGUCUCCGCCUAAAGGCAAGUUAUAUUCACUUUCUGUUCCUGAGAGGGAGGCUAUGGAGAGAUACAUCUCUGGUUCUCUGGCAUCUAAAUUCAUUCGUCCUUCCUCUUCUCCAGCGGGGGCGGGGUUCUUCUUUGUGGGGAAGAAGGACGGAUCUCUGCGUCCUUGCAUUGAUUACCGUGGGUUGAAUAACAUCACAGUGAAGAAUACCUAUCCCUUACCGUUGAUGUCCUCCGCCUUUGAAAGGUUACAGGGAGCAUCCGUGUUCACUAAGUUGGAUUUACGUAAUGCAUAUCAUUUGGUUCGCAUAAGGGAAGGGGACGAAUGGAAGACCGCGUUUAACACCCCCAGAGGGCACUUCGAAUAUUUGGUCAUGCCUUUUGGGCUAUCCAACUCCCCAGCGGUUUUCCAGGCACUCGUCAAUGACGUGCUGAGAGAUAUGAUUGAUCAGUUCAUAUAUGUUUACCUGGAUGACAUACUGAUUUUUUCUUCUUCUCUCCAGGAACACGCUCAACACGUCAGACGAGUGCUUCAGAGGUUGCUGGAGAAUGGACUUUUUGUCAAGGCGGAGAAAUGCAUUUUUCAUGCACAAUCCGUUCCAUUCCUAGGUUACAUCGUCUCGACUGAAGGUAUUCGCAUGGAUCCCGACAAGGUUAAGGCUGUGGUGGAUUGGCCAAGCCCAGAUUCCCGUAAGGCCCUACAGAGGUUUCUGGGAUUCGCCAAUUUCUACCGGCGUUUCGUUCGCAACUUUAGCCAGAUAGUCGCUCCUCUUACCGCCUUAACCUCUCCCAGAGUGACGUUCAGGUGGUCCGAUACAGCCGAGGCUGCAUUCGCCAAACUCAAGAGCCGCUUUGUUUCGGCUCCUAUCCUCAUAGCUCCCGAUCCCUCGCGUCAGUUCGUGGUGGAGGUGGACGCUUCAGAGGUGGGGGUAGGUGCGGUACUUUCCCAACGUUCCUCUUCUGACGACAAGAUGCACCCUUGCGCGUUCCUUUCCCAUCGGUUAUCACCUGCGGAACGCAACUACGACAUUGGCAACAGAGAGUUGUUGGCAGUGAAGUUAGCACUGGAGGAGUGGCGCCAUUGGUUAGAGGGUUCGGGGGUACCUUUUAUAGUUUGGACCGAUCACAAGAAUUUGGAGUAUAUCAGAACCGCCAAGCGACUCAACUCCAGGCAGGCGCGGUGGGCACUCUUUUCGGACGUUUUGACUUCUCUCUCUCGUAUCGCCCGGGUUCCAAGAAUGUCAAACCCGAUUCCCUUUCUCGCAUUUUUGACCAUUCCGAACGCCCAUCCACUCCCGAGUGCAUCCUACCCGGGACCCUAGUGGUCUCCACACUCACAUGGGAGGUUGAAUCGAGGGUCAAAACGGCCUUAGAGGGGGUCACGCCUCCGCCCGGUUGCCCGCCUAAUCGGUUGUUUGUGCCGGAGGGGUGUCGGUCCGAUGUUAUUCGGUGGGGGGCACUGCUCCAACGUAGCGUGUCAUCCAGGAGUCAGCCGCACUAGCUUUUGGUUAAGCAACGCUUUUGGUAGCCAUUGAUGGCUCGUGACAUUCACAGUUUUGUCUUGGCCUGCUCGGUUUGUGCCACUGGGAAGACUUCUAAUCGACCCCCAGAUGGGUUACUCCAACCGCUGUCGGUCCCUUCGAGACCCUGGUCCCACAUCGCGCUAGAUUUUGUUACCGGCCUCCCGCCCUCCCAGGGCAAGACGGUUGUUUUGACCGUGGUGGACCGGUUCUCGAAGGCGGCUCAUUUUAUUCCCUUGCCUAAAUUACCAUCUGCCAAGGAGACAGCGGUAACUGUCGUGGAUCACGUCUUUCGCUUACAUGGCCUGCCGAUGGACGUAGUUUCUGACCGGGGCCCCAAUUUGUGUCCAAGUUUUGGCAAGAGUUUUGUAGGUUACUGGGAGCGAGUGUCAGCCUGUCUUCAGGGUUUCAUCCCCAGAGCAACGGUCAAACGGAGAGGGCCAACCAAGAUUUGGAGAGAGUGUUGCGAUGUUUGGUUUCUAAGAAUCUCUUUCCUGGAGUCAACAACUCUCUAUGGUUGAGUACGCUCACAAUUCGUUGCCAGUGGCAGCCACGGGUCUCUCUCCGUUUGAGUGUAGUUUAGGUUACCAGCCACCUAUCUUUCCCAGUACGGAGUCCGAGGUCACUGUUCCCUCCGCUCACGCUUUCAUCCAGAGGUGCCGUCACGCAUGGAGCAGAGCCCGUGAGACUCUUCUCCGGGUGGGGGCGCGCACCAAGGCUAAGGCCGAUCGCCACCGGUCGAAGCCUCCGGUAUACGUCGUUGGCCAAAGUGUGGCUUUCUACUAAGAACAUUCCACUCCGAUCCGUUUCGAACAAGCUUGCCCCCAAAUUUAUCGGCCCGUUCAGAGUCACCAGGAUCAUUAGUCCGGUGGCGGUCCGGCUCAAGCUUCCUCCGGCGUAUAGGAGAAUUCAUCCUACCUUUCAUGUGUCUAAAAUAAAACCUGUGUUUCAGGCACGCAUUAACCCGCCGGUCCCGGUUCCCCCGCCGCCACGACUUGUUGAUGGGGAGACCACCUUUUCUGUCAAUCGUAUUUUGGACUCUAGAAGGAGGGGACGCGGAUUCCAGUACCUGGUGGACUGGGAGGGUUACGGCCCGGAGGAGAGAAGUUGGGUACCUGCUAGGGACAUUCUGGAUCACUCCCUUAUCGAUGAUUUCAAUCGACAGGUAAAUUCGCCUGGGAACGCCAAGAGGCGUUCCUAGGGGGGGGGGUAUUGUCACGGUUCAUGAAUCCACUGCCUCCGUCUCUCUUUCUCGCUCUCUCUCUCUCUCUCUCUCUCCAGUGUUUGUGUGGGCGUGGUUUCCCAAUCUCGGCCUGAUUGUCUGCGCCAGCUGGAACCACUUAUCUUCCCUUUAUAUGUUCUGUUACCAGUGUUUCUUGUUGUCAGAUCGUUGUUUCUUCUCUGAGGUUGUGUCGUGUGUCCGUGCUCUUCUCUUGUGUGGAUUAUCUGCUGUGCUCCUUCCUACUCAUCUGGACACACUCCCCUGGUUUUCUCAGCACGUUAUGAUCGGAAGAUGCGCCCGAGUUCCUGGGUCGGAUUCCUUCUGAGUACAGUCUGUCUGUCAUGUUGCUGCUGUGAACUACAUUCAUUAAAACCAUCGUUGCUUGCA